CCAACAUCCACAUACUAUCCUCUCGUAUCUCAAUAUUCAUCUACUGCAUAUCAAAGUGCCAGACAAGAAACGAAAAUGCCGUCCCUCUACCUAACCCUCCUCCACCUCUCCCAACCACUCUCACCAACACCACCAUCAACAACCACCCAAACCAUCCACAACUUUCUCCGCACCACCACCCAAGAAAGCCACUCCAAAACAACAACCAUCUACACCCAGAUCGAAGAACCACACUACAUCUACCUCCUCCACCGAGCAGAAGAACAAGCUACUCACGACCUUCGUCUCCCGCAACAAUCCACCCCAGAAGCACCAAUCACGCACGAAUGGACUCACCAGAUCGACCUCCCAGCGUCCGCCGCAGAGCUCCCUCUCAUGGCCCCCGUGCUAGCGAUCGGCCGGUAUUUUGUUCGGGCUGACCAAUGCGAUCAAUUUCAGCGGACUUUUGAGGAGACGAAGGGGUUUUUGGAGGAGUUUACGGCUCCCGCGCCGGUGGCGGGGGGAUGGAGGAGGAGGGAUGGAUCUGAAGGUGCGGCUGAUGCUGCGGAUUCUGCUGAUAAUGCAGCAGAGUUUGUCUUGUUCUCGGGGUGGGAGGCAGUUGAGAAACAUUUUGCUUUCGCGGAGACGAAGGGGUUCAAGGAGUUCGCGCGGAUUAAAGAGUUUAUGGAGGGGGCGGAGAUCAAACAUGCGGUGCGGUGGAGGGAGAACGAGGCUGAAGACUGUUGAGGCUGUGAAUUAACUGUAUGUAAAGUAUUGUCCUUUCUCCUCUCAUGAUAUUAUUUAC